AUGGAGGUAGAGGAGGCGUUCCAGGCGGUGGGCGAGAUGGGCAUCUACCAGAUGUACCUGUGCUUCCUGCUGGCGGUGUUGCUGCAGCUCUACGUGGCCACGGAGGCCAUCCUCAUUGCGCUGGUCGGGGCCACACCGUCGUACCACUGGGACCUGGCGGAGCUCCUGCCGAACCAGAGCCACAGCAACCGGUCGGCUGGUGAGGACCAGGCGCUCGGGGCCUGGCUCCUGACGGCCAACGGCAGCGAGAUGCACAAGCACGUGCACUUCAGCAGCAGCUUCACCUCCAUCGCCUCCGAGUGGUUUUUAAUUGCCAACAGAUCUUACAAAGUGAGUGCAGCAAGCUCUUUUUUCUUCAGUGGUGUGUUUGUGGGAGUUAUCUCUUUUGGUCAGCUCUCAGAUCGGUUCGGAAGGAAAAAAGUCUAUCUCACAGGUUUUGCCCUUGACAUCUUAUUUGCUAUUGCAAAUGGAUUUUCCCCCUCGUAUGAGUUCUUUGCAAUGACUCGCUUCCUGGUGGGCGUGAUGAAUGGAGGGAUGUCCCUGGUGGCCUUUGUCCUGCUGAACGAAUGUGUGGGCACCGCCUACUGGGCACUCGCAGGGUCGAUCGGUGGCCUCUUCUUCGCAGUCGGCAUUGUCCAGUAUGCCCUGUUGGGAUACUUCAUCCGCUCCUGGAGAACCCUCGCCAUUCUGGUUAACCUGCAGGGAACAGUGGUCUUUCUCUUAUCUUUAUUCAUUCCUGAAUCACCUCGUUGGUUAUACUCCCAGGGUCGACUGCGUGAGGCUGAAGCCGCCCUGCACCUCAUCGCCAAGAGGAACCGCCAGCUCAAGUGUACCUUCUCACUAACACACCCGGCCAACAGGAGCUGCAAGGAGACGGGAAGUUUCCUGGACCUGUUCCGCUACCGGGUCCUCUUGGGGCAUACUCUGACCCUGAUGUUCAUCUGGUUUGUGUGCAGCUUGGUGUAUUACGGCCUAACUCUGAGUGCAGGUGAUCUAGGUGGAAAUAUUUAUGCCAACUUGGCCCUGUCUGGCCUCAUAGAGAUUCCAUCUUACCCUAUCUGCAUCUACUUGAUUAACCAAAAAUGGUUUGGUCGGAAGCGGACAUUAGCAGCAUUUCUGUGCCUAGGAGGACUGGCUUGUCUUAUUGUCAUGUUUCUUCCAGAAAAGAAAGACACAGGUGUGUUCGCAGUGGUGAACAGCCGCUCCUUGUCCCUGCUGGGGAAGCUGACCAUCAGCGCUGCCUUCAAUGUCGUGUAUAUCUACACCUCGGAGCUGUACCCCACGGUCAUCAGGAAUGUUGGGCUUGGAACUUGUUCCAUGUUCUCCAGAGUUGGUGGGAUUAUUGCUCCCUUCAUCCCCUCACUGAAGUACGUGCAGUGGUCUUUACCCUUCAUUGUCUUUGGAGCCACGGGGCUGACCUCAGGCCUCCUGAGUUUAUUAUUGCCAGAAACCCUUAACAGUCCAUUGCUAGAGACGUUUUCUGACCUUCAGGUGUACUCAUAUCGGAGGCUGGGGGAGGAGACGUUAUCUUUACAGACCUUGGAUCCCCCUAAGUCUGUGGACAAGGAGAGCCCUUUAGGGAGUGAGAGUGAGGAAGAGGAAGAGUUUUAUGAUGCGGAUGAAGAGACACAGAUGAUCAAGUGACGUGCCCCAGAUUCCUCCUCAGACGCAGAGGGUCAUCUUCUCUGCCUCCAACGAGGGCAGGUUCUCCCAGGAAACUGAAGGGAGCUGUGGAAAGAUAGGCUUGAACAAACAUCGAAGGUACUCAGUGUGGCCUGGUGUUUUUUAGGCACCAAGGAAGUUGGAGAAGAGAUUUCAAGAAACAGGACAUCACUGCAUCAAGUGAAUAGUUGUUAACUGCCCGCAAUUCGGGUUUUGCUCAAAAUCAUGACCUCUGGCCAGAUUGCUGGAAGUCCACAUGCCAGAGUGGUAAGCUCAUUUGUUUCUAGAAGUUUGAUUACAUUGCCUUUCAACUUCAUUGUGACCUAAAGGCAAAUAUGUAAAAUUUCUUCUCACCAUUAACACGUAAUCUGUCCACCAAAUUUGACAUCUGCCUCUCUCAGUUGCUCCUCACCAGGAAUCUCUUGAGGCAGGUUGGUGUUAGCAUUUCAUUCAUUUUUUGUGCCAGAAGAAAAGCACUGAGAGGUCAUUUGUGUGGCCUGAGGCCCUCCACCUUCAUCCCAACGGAUGAAAUUUGGGCCCCCAGCUUGGUUCCUGGCCCAGUGAUUGGCUUGAGCUCCCUGUCCUGUGCUUUCAGUCAGUCCCACGGAUGACCCGCUAGGAAAAGCCAGCUGCACCAGAGUAAUGUUCAGAGUCCGAGGUGUGGCUUCCUCUCCCUGGCAGCUCCCUUUGAUACUCGAAUUGUGUAAUUUCUUCAGUUCCCACUUGUGUGCGCCUGGAGAAAAAUUUCCAUCUCAGAUUCUAGUACCAGCAAUAACUUCCAAACCAUGCCCAGUAAAUGACGAAGUUUUAUAAAGGGGGAGGGCAGUUAAAAAGUGACAUGUCAGGGCUUCCCUGGUGGCGCAGUGGUUGAGAGUCCGCUUGCCGAUGCAGGGGACACGGGUUCGAGCCCUGGUCUGGGAGGAUCCCACAUGCCGCGGAGCGACUGGGCCCGUGAGCCAUGACUACUGAGCCUGCGCGUCUGGAGCCUGUGCUCCGCAACAAGAGAGGCCGCGAUGGUGAGAGGCCCGCGCACCGCGAUGAAGAGUGGCCCCCGCUUGCCGCGACUAGAGAGAGCCCUCGCACAGAAGCAGGGACCCAACACAGCCAAAGAUAGAUAAAUAAAUUAAUUAAUUUAAAAAAAGAAUAUGUACUUAAAAAAAAAUUUAAAAAAAAAAGUGACAUGUCAAGACUUUGGAUGUUAAAAAGGAAAAAAAAAAGUGGAUGUUAAAAAAGGAAAAAAAAAGUGCUGUUUUUAAUAAGGAAGAAAAGAAAAUUAUCUCACAAUUUUCUGUUUGUUUUCAGUGUUGUGCAAGGAGGGACUUGGGCAACAUUUAAGAACUUGAACUCUUCUAGUCCUAGAUCAGCUCCAGCCUGUUUGGUUAGCUAGAAUGGAAGGCACAGUAAUUUCUUAGUAAAUGUUGGUUUUCAUUAAGUACUGCCAGCUUUCAAAUAAAUCAAAGUCGUACUCA